AUGGCACGGGCCAAGGUUCCACCUUUGCCAGAGUCUGGGGACUGAGAUUGAAGAGGCAGAACUGGCUGCUUGGAGAAGCCUCCUCCCUGCAGGGUAGGGCCAGGAGGGAGAUUACAGAGGCGCCGGGCCCAGGGCUCCGACAUGCACCUGCUGCAGCUCCAGGGGAGAUGGGGGGCUUGCCAAUCCACCCCGCCCCAUGAUCUCAUGGCUAUGCUUGCCAGGCACUGGCUCGGAGAGCAGCAUCCCACAGAGAAGAUGCUUGGAUGGACCACAGACCAAAAUUGGGCCAAAACCCUGGAGAGGAGGACCUGGCUCAAGGCCACACCCCCUUUCCAUGUCAUUUUCAAGCGGCAUCAACCACUUGGGCUGGGCAGGCAACCCCGCAUCCCACGGUCAUCACCAGUUAUGAGAGUCCCAGUGUUAAUUAAGCCCAUCUGGCUGGAGGAUUAG